GCAGAUGGGUCUCUUCUUGAGGGCCACCAACAAACUCGCUUCGCCUCCCACAUUCACAUUUACAUCAUCAUGUCUUCUCAAUACAUCAUCCCCGAGACUAUGAAGGCCGCCGUCGUCGACUCGAGCGACACGCCUCUCGAGAUCCGCAACGUCCCCGUCCCCCGACCAGAGAGCCUCAAGCCUGGCGAGUGUCUCGUCAAGCUCGAUUGCACUGGUGUCUGCCAUACCGACCUGCACGCUGCCAAGGGCGACUGGCCAGUCCCUGCAAAAACACCGCUCAUCGGAGGUCAUGAGGGCGUUGGCAUCGUCGUCGCCAUCGGCGCGCAUACUCAGGAUUCGCCCGUGAAGCUCGGCGACCGCGUUGGUAUCAAGUGGCUUGCAGACUCUUGCUUGGAUUGCGAGCAGUGUAGGAAGGGCCUCGAGCAAUCAUGUCCCAAGGGCAAGUACAGCGGCUUCAACAUCGAUGGUACCUUUUCGCAAUACGUCCUAUCGUAUGUCAGGCACGUCACCCCUAUACCUGAAAACUUCGACAGUGCGGAAGCUGCUUCUAUUCUUUGUGCUGGUGUCACUGUCUACCGCGCGAUCAAGUACAGCAACGCAAACAUUGGCGACUGGAUCUGCUUGCCCGGUGCGGGUGGGGGUCUGGGACACCUGGCGGUGCAGUACGCGGUCGCGAUGGGCCUGCGGGUACUUGCUGUCGACACAGGCGUGCAAAAGAAAGAGCUUGUGAAGAAGCUUGGCGCGGAAGCAUGGGUCGACUUCAAGGAGACGAAGGACCUCGUCGCGGAUAUCAAGGCAGUGACGGGUGGCCAGGGUCCCCACGUGGCUGUGGUUACGGCGGCGACGAGCACGGCGUACGAGCAGGCGAUUGACUAUCUCCGCCCCGGUGGCACACUCAUGGUCGUCGGUCUGCCCGCCCGCGCGUCGUUGAAUGCGGACAUCUUCUGGACGGUCACGAAGAGCAUAAACAUCAUAGGUUCUUACGUCGGCAAUCGCCAGGACGCACGUGAAGCCCUCGACAUUGCUGCGCGCGGCAAAGUCAAGUGCUUUUUCGAGUACAAGCCGCUUUCUGCUCUGAAGGAAACCUACGAGGGCCUUGAGAAGGGCGCCGUCGUCGGCCGUAUCGUCCUCGACAUGAAGAAUUAAAUACCGACAUCGUGCAUUGGGUUUGGCAUUGUUCGCUCUCUGCCCCUUCGCCUUGCCUUAUCUCGACUCCAUGACUAUAAACGGCGCGUAGUGGCUAUUGGACUCCCACCGUACCAAAAGGCGUAUGAUUACCAGAUGGUAGUGUACGAUUGUUUAAUAC